AGACCACUUCAACAUUGAGAAAUCUACAAACUGAGAGAGUUCUUGUAUUCAUUAAUUACUUGUCAAAAAAAUGGAGAAAGUUGGUAAAAAACUGGCAGUUCUAGUUGGCUGCAACUAUGAAAACACACAAUACAGGUUACAUGGAUGCCAUAAUGAUGUUUUAGCCAUGAGAGAUGUGCUCGUGAAUCGAUUCGGGUUCGAUUCACAGCACAUUGAACUGUUGAUGGAUAAACCAGGAAGUCCAGUGAUGCCUACUGGAGCUAAUAUCAAGAAAGCACUUAACAAGAUGGUUGAUCAAGCUGAAUCAGGGGAUGUUUUGUACUUCCAUUUUAGUGGCCAUGGAACAUUGAUUGGAAAGAAGAAACAAGACGAAGCCAUCAUUCCUCUCGACUUCAAUUAUAUCACUAAUAUAGACAUUCGAAAAAUAGUGAAUCGGGUACCAGAAGGAGCAACCAUCACUAUCCUUUCAGAUUCUUGCCAUAGUGGAGGCCUAAUAGACAAAGAGAAAGAGCAAAUUGGACCAUCCAACAAGCCAAAAAACCAAGCAGAGGGAAAAACCAUUCAAUCAUCACAAUCUUGCAAGCCUAGAUUCAUCCCUCAUGAAACUGUCUUGGAACAUCUCACAUCCUUAACAAACAUAAAUACCUCAGAUAUUGGAACACAUAUGCUACAACUCUUCGGAAAUGAAGCCAGUCUUCUAUUUUGUUUGCCCCAAAUGGAGUUGGAUUUGUUGAAGCCUCUUAAACAAGAUGAGGGUAUUUUGCUAAGUGGUUGUCAAGCUAAUGAGGAAUGUCAAGAUGUAGGAGGAAGUGAAAAUGAAAACAAAGCUUAUGGGGCAUUUAGCCAUACAGUUAUAGCUGUGUUGAAGAAACAUUCUGGCCCUCUUAGUAAUAAAGAGCUGGUCUUAAUGUCAAGGGAUGUUCUGAAAAAUGAUGAACAUAUUGAGACUCAACAUCCUUGUCUCUAUUGCAGUGAUGAGAAUGCUGAAGCAGUUUUCUUGAGCCAAGGAUGAAAACUCAACAGCUAGUGUUAUAUUUGAAAUAUGAUGACAAUUAAUAAAAUAAAUGAUCAAUAAAUUAAUAGAACUUCCUUUAAUCUCUCAAGUAAAUACCAAUUCACUGAGAUGUGGUAGUUUAUCAUGAUUUAAAGGAGCUAUUUGUGGUAGUGUCUCAAUUUGAAACUUAUGUUAAUACUUUUAGAUUGAGGCAGUUCAAAAUGAUUUUAUAUAAAUCACUUUGAAUAUUCUUACUUAACCAA